GGACGGGCGGGCAGCGGCGAUCUGGCCUGCGUAUAUGAAUGUGCGUUUGGCGCAGGAGCUGGUUGUACGAUACAAGAACGCGUGCAGGCUAAGGCAGUGGAGUCUCUUUUCCACGCAUCAUCAUGACCAUCAACAUUGCCCCAUCCAGCUGGCGAACUUUGCCUCCAGCGCUGCGUGGUUGCCUUAUUGUCCUCGAGUGCAGCUCCCCUGCGUCUCCCAUGGCAUACGGGCUGGCUGCUGUCUGCCUGUUGGAGGUGAAGCCGAGCGGGGCACGGAGAAACGCACGGACGAACAUGGGCACGGCCGACGCGUUUGUGGCCCGUGGAAGGUGGAGUGGAGGUGCGUCGAUGGGGAGGUGAUGCAACCCUCAGUUCUAGCCUGCAACGCCUCGCUCGCUGGUGGCGGUGCUGACAUGUGCUGUGUGCGAGGGCAGGCACCGGGGGGGGCGAGGACGAAGUGGC